AUGGAUCCAUUCGUUUUGUCACGAAAUGCUUUUAAAAUCUAUUGCUCGGAAUAUGCGACUAACAAUUUAACUGCUAUUGCGACUCAUUAUAAUAAUCAACCAGCUAUGAAUGUAAAUUAUUCUUCGAUGCAUCCAUCAGAAAAAAUAUAUCCUAAUAUGUUACAUUAUGAAAAAGCGAUUGAUACAUUAAAUCAGCGAUAUGAAUAUUUUUUACAUACGCUCGAUCGUUUACGAUUAUCGUUCGGACAUAUGAAUGAUAAAAUAAGCAAUAAUAUAAAUUCCAUCAGUAGAAGUCAAAAAGAAAAUUCUAUAUCAUCCAUUGUCAAUAAGCGAAGAAAUCACAAGAAACAUUUACAUCGAUCCAUCAAGCCACGAUUACCAAAAAUGUUCAUUACAGUUUCUUGUGCUGAACACCUCACACAGCAACAACCGAAUUUUAAGAUGAACUAA